UUAAGUGGAUUAUCCCCCAACUUUUAAAGGACUUAUCUCUGGCUCCACCUACUACGCAACGGCGUACCAAGAAGUUUUCGGGAGUACGUUGGAUUGUUCGUUUACAAUAUAAAGUUGAACAUCGAGGUUAAGAAUUCGUAAAAAAAAGUGUUGGUUUAAGCUAAAUCAAACCACUGUUUACUGUUCGCUCUCGGUCGUGUAGCUAUUACUUAAAUAAGGGCAACCGUUUGGGUUUCGUACGGCAUGGCAGCGAUAAAAGCGCUUCAGCAGUGGUGUAAAAUCCAGUGUGAAGGCUACAAGGAUGUAGCGAUAACCAACAUGACUACGUCGUUCAGGGAUGGACUGGCCUUCUGUGCUCUGAUCCACAAACACAGACCUGACUUGAUAGAUUUUGACUCCUUAAGAAAAGAAAAUGUUUACGAGAACAACCACCUGGCCUUUGGAGUCGCUGAAAAGGAACUGGGGAUCCCCGCCCUGCUGGAUGCAGAGGACAUGGUGGCCCUCAAAGUGCCUGAUCGUCUCAGCAUCCUCACCUAUGUCUCACAGUACUACAACUACUUCCACGGCCGCUCUCCCAUUGGAGGCAUAGCUGGUGUGAAAAGGCCAGCGGAAGAAUCCAGGGAAGAGGUAUCUGGGAAGAGGAACCAACCAGUGACAGCUAAAGUAUUCGGCUCACCUAAAGAAGUCACGGAAAAUAAGAGGGAGAUCCUGGUUGAGCAUUCCAAUAAACCCGGCACAUUAAGCAGUAGCUGCAGUGUCUGCAACAAGCAUGUCCACCUUGUGCAGCGCCACCUAGUGGAUGGGAAGCUUUACCACAGAAACUGUUUCAAGUGCAGCGAGUGCGCCAGCAUUCUUCUGUCUGGCACAUAUAAACCUGGAAAGGAGCCUAACACGUUCAUCUGCAGAACACACCAGAGUACACAAAAGCUUCCAACUCCACAGGCCAGGCAGGUCCCACUGCCCCUGCGCGAUUCUCAGCCUAUACCAGCCACCAGGGCAAUGCCCUCCAGCAAGGCCACACCCUCCACCAACACCACCUCCUCUGUCCCAGCUAUCAGCUGCAGUUCUCCUUCAUUGCCUGCUGACUUGGUAAAGGCCUCCACCACGUCCAGACCAAGCCCUCAUUGGUUGGCUGGUAAGAGUGACAUCCUCUCCACCCCUACGCCCUCCCCACGUUCUAAGCUCACACCGGCCCAUUCUUCAGCCCUGCCCCCACCCGUGAAAAGUCCCAUGGACAAAAGUGCGAAAGCGGAACCCUUGAAACCACCAAGCAGCACAGUUGUGAAGAACCAGGAGGCAAGACAAAGAUUCUUCGAGAUGAGCAGUAGCUCAGGGAGCACUGGUCCAAUAACCAGGAGUACUCUGGCCAGUCAAGCCAACGAGAAUGCGGGCCUGCCUGUCUUGACAGCACCAGCAGUGGUCAGAACCAAUAAGAAUGCAGGCCUGCCUGUGGUGAUGGCGCCAGAAGUGGUCAGAACCAAUGAGAAAGCAGGUCUUCCCAUGGUGACAACAACAGCAGUGGUCAGGACCAAUGAGAAUGUUAACCUGCCAGUGGUGACAGUGCCAGCAGUGGUCAGGACCAAUGAGAGCACGGCCCUGCCUGUGGUGACUGCGCCAGCAAUGGUCAGAACCAAUAAGAAUGUGGGCCUGCCUGUGGUGACAGCACCAGCAGUGGUCAGAACCAAUGAGAAAGCAGGUCUUCCCAUGGUGACGACAGCAGUGGUCAGGACCAAUGAGAAGGCAGGUCUUCCCGUGGUAAUGGCACCAGCAGUGGUCAGGACCAAUAAGAAUAUUGACCUGCCCUUGGUUAUGGUGCCAGCAAUGGUUAAGACCAAUGAGAAUGUUAGCCUGCCAGUGGUGACGGCGCCAGCAGUGGUCAGGACCAAUGAGAGCACGGCCCUGCCUGUGGUGACUGCGCCAGUAGUGGUCAGAACCAAUAAGAAAUCAGGUCUUCCCAUGGUGACAACGACAGCAGUGGUCAGAACCAAUAAGAAUGCGGGCCUGCCUGUGGUGACAACACCAGCAGUGGUCAGAACCAAUAAGAAUAUUGACCUGCCCUUGGUUAUGGUGCCAGGAGAGGUCAGGACCAAUGAGAAUGCGGGCCUGCCCAUGGUGCCAGCACCAGCAGUGGUCAGGACCAAUAAGAAUGCAUGUUUGCCCAUCGAGAUGACGUUAACAGAUGUCAGGACCAAUGAGAAUGAGGGCUUGCCUGUGGUUAUGGCAACAGCAGUGGUCAGGAACAAUAAGAAAGCAGCAACAGGGCCGCCCUUAGUGGUGGCACCAGCCAGCAGGGAGCCGGCUAAAGGCAGGGUUCUGCUGCGUGUGGGAGACUGGGCCAAAGACAAGGAGAAGGACAAGGAGAACGAGAAAAAAGAAGCCAAGUCUGUCAUCAACAAGAUGUUUACAGAGGAAAUCAAAAAGAGCAGCAGCCCAUCGAGGAUGCCUGCUGGCCUCAAAACAGCUCCUGCCAGUAGCAAUAUUUCCCCUGGGGACACUGGCAGCAAACGCCCCUCUGGAAAAGUGCUGUUGAAACCACUGCACAAGGAUUCGGGACAGAGCCCAGCUCCUGCAUUGGCUAACACAGCAGUCUGGCUCACUGCCAAGGAAAAGGACUCAUCCAAUACAGCUAACUCACUGUUGCUUGUUAAUAAAGAAGUGGAUACAGCGCCCUCUGACUGGAGGUCUAUGCUCAAGCCUGUUGCCAAAGAUUCCAAAUCUGGAACAUCCAAAGACUCCACUGCAGCUAGCGUACCUACUAAGGAGCCUGAGAAGAAACCUGAGACCACAACACAGCCAAGCUCAGGAAAGUCCCAGGUUUCUGGGCAUGCUCUAGCUACCACUAGCUCUGGCUCCACAAAUGACGAACAAUGCAGUUCAGCUUUGCCAAGCCAGGUUACAAAUGGGACUGCCCUGCGUGGUAAGGCUGAAGACUCCAAGAGGGGCAGCAAUGCAGCCCUUUCUGAAUCCUUAUCAAGGACAAACCCACAGAACUUGACAAAGCUAAAGCCUGACUAUAUACCCAAAGAAAAGAUUCUUCAGGAGCUGAAAGAGAUUGAGAAUAGUCUGGAUGAGCUGGAAAAACAAGGAGUCGAGUUGGAGAAGCAGCUCCGACGUUAUGAAGAGGAGGGCAAAGGGGAUGUGUUGAUGAAUGACUCGAUGGUGGACUGGUUCAACCUCAUCCGAAAUAAACAGGUCUACAUGCGACGAGAGAGCGAACUGGUGUACAUAGGAAGAACCCAGGACCUAGAAGAAGAACAACCCAAUGUAGAGGCAGAGCUUCGGAAACUGAUGGCAAAACCAGACCACCUGAAGACAUAUCAAGAACGCAAGCGGGAGGAGGAGCUGAUUGCCAAACUGGUAGAAAUAGUUGAUGACCGAAAUGCUAUCGUGGAUGGACUGGAUGAAGAUAGAAUAAGGGAGGAAGAGGAGGAUGAGCAGUUGAAUAGGAUGAUGCAGGACUUGGAUAUUAAGAAAGAAAAAAAGAAGAAAUCACCCAUAUCCAAGUUGUUUGGCUGGAAGAAUUAACAGGAAGGCAAUUCAAUUUAUCCUUCAAUUACGAGAGAAGCAAUGAGAAUUUUAUGGCAGUUUUGUUCAAAUGCUGUUUCACUUAGUCAGCUGUUUGUUUGGAAAUGACACUGCGAAGGAUUUUUUUGCGAUCUGAGAAUUUUAAGCAUGCAAACAAGUGAGUAUUCUGUUCUAUUAGAGAUGUUCACAGUAAAGAAAAAAGUGAUUGUGUGUCUCUGUAUGUGAUUUUUCAGGUUUGCAAAUAUUCGCUAAAUUAUUUAUUUCUCAGUUACUGACUUUGUUGGGGAGUUUGUAGUAACAAAAUGAGGAGUACUAAAAUAUUGUCAUGUUGAUUCAUAUUGAAUCCAGUUUGUCAUCAAUGGACUGAAAAAAGUCCAAAAUUUGUCAUGCCAUUUGACUUUUUUUUUUUUUUUUUUUUUUUAGUAUCUUGUGCAAUUGAAUGCAAAUCUUAUCCUGUUAAUACAAAAUCUUAGAAUAGACAGCAUUUCUUAGACGGGCUCGGGUGCUUAUAUACUUUUACCAGCAGGGGGCACCCUGAGUCUUAUUUUUAACCAAGUAGUCACUCUUGUUUUGGCAAAAGCUAUGAUAAACUUUUUUAAUAUUUGUACAUCACAUGGAUUCUUAAAGUAGUAAUGAAGUACACUUGUAACAUUCUUGUCGAAACUUGAACUGAACAUGUACAUAGACUAUUGGAAACCAAUGAUAUGAAUAUGCAAGUGCUAGGAUAUGCCAGUAUUACUGAAUUAACUUAUUAGUAUUUAUACUUGAAUAUGGAUAUUUUUGUUUUGUGCUAAGGUUCAGUUAGUGAAAUUCUUGCUUAAAUUUGUAUGCUAUUUUAUCCAAUUUAAAAUCUCAACAAAAUUAAGAUGCAUUUGUUACCUUGAAACACACUGCCACUUCAGUGUUUCUGUGGUUACUACCCAAAUUUUUAAAUAAAAUGAUGACAUUUAAUAUGUACAAUAAAGUUUGAAAGUUC